CGGAUCCCAGUUGGAACUCCCCUCUGGUUUUCGCAGACGGAGUGCAGGCAGCCAGCUGGCCAAACCCUGGAGCGCACCUCCGGCUAUUAGAGGAAAGAAAGCUUAUUUUUCUCUUGAGAUUUCUUGGCAUAACCAGCAGCUUAAAUUGUUCUGAAAUCUUUUCAAAAAUUGAGUAGAAUUGAAGAGAUAACCUUAAAUUAUUGCAAAGGAUCCUUGGACUUAGGGUUUUGUUUUUUUAUCUCUCUGGUUUCCAACUCUUAAGCCAACCCAGCCCAAUUAUGGUGAUGUUCAAGAAAAUCAAGUCUUUUGAGGUGGUCUUUAACGACCCUGAAAAGGUGUACGGCAGUGGGGAGAAGGUGGCUGGCCGGGUGAUAGUGGAGGUGUGUGAAGUCACUCGAGUCAAAGCUGUCAGGGUCCUGGCUUGCGGAGUGGCCAAAGUCCUGUGGUUGCAGGGCUCCCAGCAGUGCAAACAGACCUUGGAGUACUUGCGCUACGAAGACACGCUUCUCCUGGAAGACCAGCCAACAGGUGAGAAUGAGAUGGUGAUCAUGAGACCUGGAAACAAAUAUGAGUACAAGUUCGGCUUUGAGCUUCCUCAGGGGCCUCUGGGAACAUCCUUCAAAGGAAAAUAUGGGGCUGUAGACUACUGGGUGAAGGCUUUUCUUGAUCGCCCCAGCCAGCCAACACAAGAAACAAAGCAAAACUUUGAAGUGAUGGAUCUAGUGGAUAUCAGUACUCCUGAUUUAAUGGCCCCUGUGUCUGCUAAAAAGGAGAAGAAAGUUUCCUGCAUGUUCAUUCCUGAUGGGCGGGUUUCUGUCUCGGCCCGAAUUGACAGAAAAGGAUUCUGUGAAGGUGAUGAGAUUUCCAUCCAUGCCGACUUUGAGAAUACAUGUUCCCGCAUUGUGGUGCCCAAAGCUGCCAUCUUAGCCCGCCACACUUACCUUGCCAAUGGCCAAACCAAGGUGCUGACGCAGAAGUUGUCAUCAGUUAGAGGCAAUCAUAUUAUCUCGGGAACCUGUGCAUCAUGGCGUGGCAAGAGCGUUCGGGUGCAGAAGAUCAGGCCUUCUAUCCUGGGCUGCGACAUCCUUCGAGUUGAAUAUUUCUUGCGGAUCUACGUUAGCGUCCCUGGGUCCAAGAAAGUCAUCCUUGAACUGCCCCUGGUAAUUGGCAGCAAGUCGGGUCUGAGCAGCCGGACGUCCAGCAUGGCCAGCCGAACCAGCUCAGAGAUGAGCUGGGUGGACCUAAACAUCCCCGAUACCCCAGAAGCUCCUCCUUGCUAUAUGGAUAUCAUUCCUGAAGAUCACCGAUUGGAGAGCCCCACCACUCCUCUGUUAGACGAUACAGAUGGUUCUCAAGACAGCCCUAUUUUUAUGUAUGCUCCUGAGUUCAAGUUCAUGCCACCACCUACUUACACUGAGGUGGAUCCCUGCAUCCUCAACAACAAUGUGCAGUGAGCAUAUAGAAGAGGAGAAGCAGCAGUACCUACUUGUUUCUUUCCACCUCUCUUGAUGGACUCGAACUUUUUCAGACACUGAACAGUCUCUACAGUGGGGGAUGGGUCCACCCUAGCCUCUGACUCCCCAAUGUAGGAGGAGAUCAGCCGCCCAUCUCCGGGGCCUUCAAGAGGGCACACUCGUCCUCAGCCAGCGAGAUGUGAUAUCGGGGUGUUUGCUAGAUGGGUUUAAAAACACUAGAAAAACUCAGGCCCACCCCACAUUCUCAGAUCUCCUUGAAAACUGAGGCAUCUUCAGUAGUUUCGAAUAAGGGGUAGGAAUGGCCUGCUGGUAUGGUCUUCCCAAAUGUUUUUUGGAGAGGAGUAUCGAUUGUUAGAACAAUAUCAGGUCUUGAACUUUGUAGAUUUGUUAUAACAAUAUCAGAUCUUGAACUUUGUAUCGUGUGGAGCAGGGCCAAUUUAACAAACUGGGAAAAUGAAAAAACUCAUGGCCAAAACUUGGGGAAAAGGAGGUUCUUAAAAUCAUUGCUGCCCUUUCCUUUGUACACUUACAGAAAAAAAAACACAAAAAACAAAACCCCAAAGCUGAUCUGGCCUGGCCUUUUGGAGAGAGCUUCUUAUGUGAUUUAAAGGGAAGAAGCUCUAAGUUUGUCUUUGCUUAGAAUGUACUUUAAUCAGGCUUACAGCAAUUGUAACUAUGCCCCACCAAAGGUCUUAAAAGCCAUGUUUAGAGCCUGUUGCACUGUGUUCCCCUGUUACAAACAUCUUCAUGUGGGAGAAUGUGUUUUUCCAUGUGACUCCUUGGAAUUAAUUCUGAGGUGAUGUUUUUAGCACUUUAGUUCCUGUCAAAUAUUUUGAUGAUGAUUAUUAUUUUUUUUACUAUCUCUAAUGUAAGCUAAAACUGGUCUAUGUCUCUUAAGGGUAAGCACAAAGACAAAAAAAAAA